CUCUGUUACACACACUCACACAGGAGUUGAAGAUAGUGGUUUUGGAUACAUAUCUGUGUUACAACAGACUCUUUCACUUCUUUAUGAAAGAGAAGGAACUGGCUUUUUGACUGUCUAUAAAAUUCCUCUAGUGUACUCUGGAACUGGGAACAGGAACAGCUUUCCUGUCAUUCAGGAUACACACUCACAGUAUUCCGGACAUCAUGCCUCUGGGAUCUCGCUGUGGGAAACUUUGAGGGGGAGUGUUCAAAGGUGGAGCUUAAGUCUCAGCUUGUGGGACAGGACACAAGUAUUGAACAGAGGUGGAUGCUUUAUGGGUUUAAUCUUUCCUUUCUCCAGUGGGUUUCACAAUGGAGUGGAUUUGAUCAGGACACAGUCCACGAGGACUUAGGUAGACUGUGAGUGACUGCAAAGAGGACUCUUUAGGGAAGUUUGCGAUAAACAAGAGUUGAAGUCCAUGAGAAUGUUGCCUGGAGUUUAUCUGCACUGAAACCAGAUUCAAGAAGACUUGUUGAGAUAUCUUUUGAGUGGAAACUAUAGCACCAUGGCCGGGGUCACUAGGAAGGGAUCUGGAAGACCCUCAUACUACUACAGAUUCCUGGGCAAGUCCAGACUGCAGCGUCAGCGAAGCCGGUCACGCAGCCGCACCAGGCCGGCUGCCAGCAGGGAGUCUCCCCCAGAGAGGUCGGGACGCCGACGCAGCAUGCCAGGCAGCUCCUCAGACAAGAACACACCCACUAUGGAGGCUCCAGCCACCGCAGCCACACCUUUCAGAGUCACCGUGAGUACUGGCUUUCUGAGUCGGCGGCUGAAGGGCUCGAUAAAACGCACCAAGAGUCAACCAAAACUUGACCGCAACUCCAGCUUCAGACACAUCCUUCCCGGCUUCAGGAGCGUCGACAAUGACAGAUCUCAUCUGAUGCCAAGGCUGAAGGAGUCUCGCUCCCAUGAGUCAUUGCUCAGCCCCAGUAGCGCUGUGGAAGCCCUGGACCUAAGUAUGGAGGACGAGGUUGUCAUCAAGCCUGUUCACAGCAGCAUCCUCGGGCAGGACUACUGCUUUGAGGUCACCACCUCCACAGGAAGCAAAUGUUUUUCCUGCCGUUCAUCAGCCGAGAGAGACAAAUGGAUGGAGAAUCUGAGGAGAGCAGUACAACCAAACAAGGACAACAGUCGGCGGGUGGAGAACCUGCUGAGGCUGUGGAUCAUCGAGGCCAAGGACCUGCCGGCCAAAAAGAAAUACUUCUGUGAGCUUUGCCUCGAUGACUCACUCUACGCCCGCACCACCUGUAAACUCAAGACUGACAAUGUCUUUUGGGGCGAGCACUUUGAGUUCAACAACCUGCCCGCUGUCAAGAGCAUCACAGCCCACCUCUACAAAGACACGGACAAGAAGAAAAAGAAAGAUAAAAACAAUUACAUUGGACUCGUCAAUAUCCCCGUCGCGGCGGUCACUGGACGGCAGUUUAUGGAGAAGUGGUAUCAAGUCAGCACGCCUAACCCCCCAAAGGGCAAGACAUCUGGGCCUAUGAUUAGGAUCAAGGCACGCUAUCAGAGCAUGAACAUCCUUCCCAUGGAGAUGUACAAGGAGUUUGCAGAGUACACCACCAACAACUACAUGCUGCUAUGCUCGGUGCUCGAGCCCGGGAUUAGUGUCAAGAACAAGGAGGAGAUGGCGUGUGCGCUGGUCCACAUUCUGCAGAGCACCGGCAAGGCCAAGGACUUCCUCACAGACUUGAUGAUGUCAGAGGUGGAUCGCUGCGGGGAAAACGAACACCUCAUCUUCAGAGAGAACACAUUAGCGACAAAGGCCAUAGAGGAAUACUUAAAACUGGUGGGGCAGAAGUACCUGCAGGACGCCCUCGGUGAGUUCAUCAAGGCUCUGUAUGAGUCAGAUGAGAACUGUGAGGUGGAUCCGUCCAAGUGUUCCUCAGGCGACCUGCAGGAGCACCAGAGCAACCUGAAGAUGUGCUGUGAGCUGGCCUUUUGCAAAAUCAUUAACUCAUACUGUGUGUUUCCACGAGAACUGAAGGAGGUAUUUGCGUCAUGGCGGCAGGAGUGCAGCAACCGAGGUCGACCGGACAUCAGCGAGCGUUUGAUCAGCGCGUCCUUGUUCCUGCGGUUCCUCUGUCCCGCCAUAAUGUCCCCCUCGCUUUUUAAUUUGAUGCAGGAGUAUCCAGAUGACCGCACAGCACGCACACUUACGCUCAUCGCUAAAGUCACCCAAAACCUGGCAAACUUCACCAAAUUUGGUAAUAAGGAAGAGUACAUGUCCUUCAUGAACCAGUUCCUGGAGCACGAGUGGACCAACAUGCAACGCUUCCUGCUUGAAAUCUCAAACCCAGAGACAAUCUCCAACACGGCAGGCUUCGAGGGGUACAUCGACCUCGGCAGGGAACUCUCUACUCUGCACUCCCUCCUCUCUGAGGUGGUGUCCCACAUGGACCAGAGUGCAGCCUCCAAGCUGGGUCCUCUGCCCAGGAUCCUGCGAGAGGUGAGCACCGCUUUGUCCAACCCGUCCUGCGUCCAGAUGACACCCGGACAAUCCUCGGAGCAUAUGGGCUUGCCCCCCGCUGAGGCGAGCUGCAGCAUCUCCACCGGCCUGCAGAAGAUGGUCAUAGACAAUGACCUUUCAGGAUUAGUGGAUUUCACCAGGUUACCCUCCCCUACCCCGGAAAAUAAGGACCUAUUCUUCGUGACAAGGAGCUCAGGGAUCCAGCCCUCCCCAGCACGCAGUUCAAGCUACUCUGAGACCAAUGAACCCGACCUGGGCAUGGCUAAUGGCAGCAAGAGUCUGUCCAUGGUGGACCUCCAGGACCCUCGCAGUCUGGAAGGUGGACCAGGUCCCAGCUCCUCAGACAUCCUGGGUGAAGGUACACCUUCUGGAGGAGGCUGGGCAGCCAGAGUCCCACAGGGCAACAUCCCUGGAGGUCCCACUCUGAGGAGGCCAGGCCAGACCCCCAGCACCCUGGCCACAGAAAGCACCCCAGGCCGACCCGCCCAGCUACUAGCCCCCCUCUCCUUCCAGAACCCGGUCUACCAGAUGGCAGCCUGCCUGCCCGUGUCCCCUCGCGGAAUGACCGACUCGGGCUCAGAGUGCCACAGUUCUGUCAGUUCCCAUAGCAACAAUGACGACGGACCACCAGGAGGGAAGCACGCCUUCUUGAACCAUGGCGGCGGAGGAGGAGGUGGAGGAGGGGGCAGCAGCGGGGACGAGUACACCAGGCGUUCAGGGGAGUUUAACCGCCGACAGCUGUCCCUCACAGAAACACAGCACCAGCCCACUGUCCCCAGACAGAACAGCGCCGGGCCGCAGCGAAGGAUAGAUCAACCUCCGCCUCAGAACAUUUCCCGCGGCCGCACACCCCCAAAUCUGCUCAACAGCGGACCCUACCCCCGUCCCUCCUCUGGCAACAUGAUGACAUCUUCACCCGACUGGCCUGGCAGCAGCGCGCGGUUACGACAGCAGUCCUCUUCCUCCAAAGGUGACAGUCCUGAGACCAAGCAGAGGGCUCAGCACAAACAGGCCCCCUCCCCAGUGAACCCCAGUGCGCUGGACCGCACAGCAGCCUGGCUAUUGAAUAUGAAUGUGCAGUAUUUAGACCAUGAGGGGAUGGAGCCCGAGUCACUGAGAAACAGAGAGGAUCUGACUCAGGUGGAGAAGUACCAGCAGGAGAUCGCCGUGCUGCAGGAGAAGCUGCGGGCGUCGGUGCAGAAGCUGGAGGAGUACGAGGCCCGUCUGAAAGGUCAGGACGAACAGGCCCAGAAGGUGCUGAUGGAGUACCAGGCCCGGCUGGAGGAGUCGGAGGAGCGUCUGCGCCGACAGCAGGACGACAAGGACCUCCAGAUGAAGGGCAUCAUCAGCAGGUUAAUGUCGGUGGAAGAGGAGCUAAAGAAGGAUCACUCAGACAUGCAGGCGGUGGUAGACUCCAAACAAAAGAUCAUAGAUGCACAGGAGAAGCGUAUUGCCUCUUUGGAUGCAGCCAACGCCCGUCUGAUGAGUGCUCUGACCCAGCUGAAGGAGCGCUACAGUGUGCAGACCCGCAACGGCAUCUCCCCCACCAACCCCACCAAACUGCAGAUCACUGAAAACGGAGAGUUCAGGAACAGCAGCAAUUGCUAGACGGGCUGGCAUCUGCCCACGAAUGAGUGCUGAGUGCCUGUGCGUGUACAGUUAUUCAAUGAGCGGACGUCUACAUGCAUGCACGGCUGCAUGCCUGUUUGAAAGACUGCGAGGGUGUGUGUGUGUUUUUUAAAAAGCAGACAUUGUGAAGAUAACUUUUUGGACACCAGUGCAGGAGUGAGGUCAUCACUCAGAAAAAGGCGGGACUUUAGUGUGACAGACAGAUCCCCAAGAAGACAAGAUCACCAGAUGGCCUUCGUUACGAGGGUGAUGGCCAGAGGAGGCGGGGCAGAACUUGUACAUAUGAAACUCAAAGCUGUCCAUCAGUCAGACACUUUGCCAGUGGAUGUAUGCAGUCGCUGGGACAAUUCAAGACCCUGCCUACGCCUGGGACAAACCACUAUAUAACCACACACAGUGACGACCGCCAGAUACGGUCACCCUCCUCUCCUCCUCUCUCUUUAUUCUUUACCCUCUUGACGACCAAGUGGACCCACUUAAAAACAAUAACACGCAGGAUUGAGGAUUAUCACGUUAGUUGUCUCGAGAGGAUUACUUUCUAGUGCUUUAUUUUAAAGUCAUUGUUUAUAAAGAACCAAAUAGGAGCUCAAAAAAAUAGAUAUUUUUAGUCCAAAAUUAUCUUUAUGUCCCUUUCCACUCCUUGGGUGUGUUCCUGAGCGUCCCGAUGAGCCCCCGCUCCCCCCCCCCCCCCCCCUCCAUCCCUAUGUAGUGCACUUUGAGAGAAGCUAUUGGUACAUGAAACGCCUUAAGUAAGGAACACACCUCGACUUUAUCCCACAGCUCCCCUAUUUCUGCAAAAAAAGGCACAACUUAUACUGUGGAUUUGUAAAGGAUACAAAAAUAGACUUGUACACACAUAAAUGUAUUAUGAACACUAAAGUAAAUUCUAUGUGAUACUAUAUUAAUGAAAUUUAAUAUAGAUGUAUGCAUUUCUUUUCUUCUAUAGAGUAUACACACAUAUCUAUAUUUGAUAAUCUCAAAUAUAAAAGCAGCCCUUUAUUUAGGAGUUUUUAUUUUUCUUCUCUUACGAUGAAAGACUGUAGUGUGUAGCUUGCUUUAGAGCCCUGGAGGAGACGAUCACACCGAGCAGUGAUCAGCACCAUCGCCUCAGUCACCCCCACUUUCAAAUUCUUCAAUGCUUCACCCUUUACAUAUAGUAUGCACUACGUGUGGGGAAAAAUCUCUGCACUGUAGUUCCAAACAGCUCCAGCGUAGCUUGCACAACUUGCACGGUCAAGUGAUCGGUUCUUCAUCUGGUGCUAAUCAUUGCUCUUAAAGACACAGAUCAAUAAAACCCAGAUUUAGAUUUUUGGUUUGAGUCACAUGUGUGGUCUUCUCACUCUAGUAGCACAAUAGCUAAUGAGAGACGUGUUUAGACACACUCGCUCAUACUAUACACUGGACUGGUGAGCCGUUGUAAUAAUGGCCUCCUUAGUUACAACAUUUUCUCUCUAACUGCUUUGUUUGUCAGUGGUAAUGAAGUAUGCUGCAUCCAAACUGUGACUCUAUUAAUCCUAGUGGCAUCAUCUCUCUCUCCUCUCUCUCUCUUUUUCUUACUCCUAUUUCAUCCCUCGUUCUUCUGAAUGUGAAGAUGCUAACUCACAGUUGGUCUUAACAUGGGGUUUGGUCCUUCUUAUCUCUCCUUGCAUCGCUCUCAUCGCUCCAUACCAUCUCAGCAUCUGUAUUUUGUAUAUUUUUGUAUUCAUUUUUCUUACCUGUAACAGACUGUAUACAUCAAAGUGUGAGGCUCUGCAUGCUUCAUCCUUGCUCUAGAGCCAAUGGUAGCGUCAGUAUCACCAUUUUAUUUUUAUUUUUUUUUGCCAAUUCGAAGGUGAUGAUGACGAUGAUGAAUGCUUUGCUGCAGACAUAUAUACAGUGGAUAUAUGAUAAUUGAGUGCAUCAAGAGGCUGGACAGCCUGGGAACGUGUAAAUAAAAUGCUCACACUAUUUUUACCUAAUGUUAACAGAGCUUUUUGUAAAUGUAUCUUGUGCUCAAACUCUGCUGUAUCAUUAUUGAUAUUGUAAAUACAAAAUAGCUCAGUCAGUCAUCUGUCCUCAUUGGGUAGAACUAUACAAUUAAAUUAACCUUUCAGUGUUCUCCCUGUUAAAGCUAUUGUUUUUUGUAUUUAGAGUGUAAUAUCACUAGCCAAAAAAACUGAUUAAGUAGGAGUUUGACUCUUGGGAAGUCGGGGAGGAUGCCACACAAUCCUGUAUUUCUCAUCAGUCUAGCUCUAUGCACUUUUACGUUCAAUGGUUGGUGUUUAUAAUUAGCUUUUUUUGUUUGUUUGUUUUUAAAGCACAGCACCUGUUUCAGGUGUUUAAAAAUGUGGCAAAGUUCAAAACCUAAGAAAGGGAUUUUUGGUAUAGCUCAUUCACAAACAAUUUCAUCAGAUAAGCAUAACGAGUUACCUUUUUCUUUUUGUUUAAAUAGAAAGGAAUAGCCUCAGACUGAAGAAUCAGCUCCACAGAGAUGUAGGACUUUCCUCCUCAACAUAUUUUUUACCAGGCAUUCAUUCCUAAAACAGUAUUGUACAACUGCAGAGAUUAAAUCAAGACUAUGUUACUUUCGACAGUAGAAAUAAUACAUUCUUAAAAAUGAAUUGUUUAAGCAAUACACACACUAAAUGCUACAUGGUCUUUUUUUAACCAGUUGUUUUGGUUUCAAAUAUUAACUAACAUUAGCAAAGUGUAGGUGAAUUUGGCUGUAAAGAGGUACUUUACUGAUUCAGUUUGUUGCUUCUGUAACAAUAGCUUAGCGUUUUAGCUAAAUGCUAAACCACCGUUUAGCCUUGCUCCUGUUGUGUUGUGACGAGUAGCUUCGGUGGCUAUGGUUGGCUAACCUUAGCAAAUUUUUCUGUAAAAAGCACAUCACUGAUUCAGUUUAGCUAAACUACUGUUUAUCAUUUACACUAGUUAAACAGCUAGAAAUUGUGAUGCUAACAUUACAACCUUACAUGGUCUGUUAUUACAACUAGCUUUAGGUGGCUAUGGCUAGCUAAUGUUAUCAAAUUAUAGUUUAUAUUAAAAGGCACAUUUCUUAUUCAUUUUUUUUUACUUUGACUCAUCCCCAUGUGGUCCUGUAUUGCCAACUUAGCAUUAGAUUUAUGCUGAACUACUAUUAAGCCUUCAUUCUGUUAUGAUGAGUAGCCCUUGGUGGCUAAGAUGAGCGAACAUUAGCAAAUUAUAGAUACAUUUUGCUGUACAAGGCACAUUACUGAUUAAGUUCUUCUCUAAAUACUAAACGAUUGUUCACCUACCUAAAAAACUAAAGUUGAGCAUUUAGUUAAGACGGUAGAUUAGCAAAACAGCAGUGUGUGGGUUGUUCAGGAGAAGUUACAUAACCUUGCUUUAAACUGCAGUGCACAAUAAUAAAAGUAAACUGGCAUAAGGCUGUCAUGGAUGCCACAUCAGUAGAUCCACAACAAGUAAAGUAGAAGACACGCACUAAUGUUGCUUUCUAAUUCGACGUCUCAGCUAUAAACUGAUUUAUCACAUCCAUGUUCCCACCUCAGUUCAAAUUUUCCAAUUCAGAAAACCAUAAACUCACUCUUCACACUUCAGCCAGUCUGACAAAAGAUCAAUCAAAAAUAUAAAGCUAUAAAUAAAGUAAAAGAUGUUGUAUGUUUUCUAUUAUCUUGUAGAAAAUACUUUUGUAAGUAUGUUGAAAGUAUAAAGUAUUUGCUGGAUUCUGCUUCCUUUGACGACAGUGACAAAACAAUAAUGUACAGAGGAAUUUGUGUUGACAAAAUGUGGCUGUGCAAUUUAUGUACAUUUGCAACUAGACCUAUUAAAGUUUUAUUUAGCUAUUUUAAAAAA